AUGUCCUCGGCGGAACCGCUGUCCCUUCUGCCGCGGAACAAGCACGCCGGUUCUUUCGCCGACCGCCGCCACUUUACGAAUACCCCAUCUACCGAUUUUCUGUGGAAGAGAACGAAGCGCAAGUCUGGCGCCGGUCCUCUUCAGCCGAACGACCUGCCUCCUCGUUACCCAGAAGGCUACACUCAGGACGAACAUGGCAAUCUGGGACGAGUUCUGCGCCCCAUCAAUGAGCCGCGCAUCCGAUGCACCGAGUUCGACGAGAACGGCAAAAUUACGCUUGUGAACAGUGAAUUCCGGAAGAGCGAGUUGAUCGCGAAGUACGGACUGCUUCCGCGAGACCUACGCAAGAUCGAUUCCGCCAUGCUGCCGCACAUCCUCGUCCGUCCGUCCGCCAUCCUGCUGAAUCUCCUCCACUUGCGCGUGCUCAUCAAGCAUAACCGUGUCCUCGUGUUCGACGCAUACGGCACCACCAACUCAUACGCUCAAUCGCUCUUCAUGUAUGAUCUGGAAGGUCGCCUGAGGCAGAAAGACUUGCGCCAGAACGGCUCUUUGCCCUACGAAUUCCGCGCCCUGGAAGCUGUCCUGCUCAGCGUCACAACUGGUUUGGAGAGCGAAUUCGAAGGUGUCCGCGAGCCUGUCGUGCGUGUCCUGCGGGAGCUGGAGGAGGACAUCGAUCGCGACAAGCUCCGGUAUCUGCUCGUCUACUCCAAGAAGCUCGGUUCCUUCGAGCAGCAGGCCCGUCUCGUGCGUGACGCCUUGGAGGAGCUGCUCGAGGCAGACGAUGACCUUGCAUCCAUGUACUUGACAGAGAAGGCAACCGGCCAGGAGCGCGGCGAGCACGACCACGCCGAGGUAGAGCUGCUGCUGGAAUCGUACCACAAGAUCGCCGACGAAAUCGUGCAAGCCGCCGAGAACCUGGUCUCCAACAUCCGCAACACUGAGGAAAUCGUCAAAGCCAUCCUCGACGCCAACCGCAACUCGCUCAUGCUCCUCGACCUCAAGUUCUCCGUCUGGACCGUCGGCCUCGCCGCGGGCACCUUCGUCGCCGCUCUGUACGGCAUGAACCUGAAGAACUUCAUCGAGGAAUCCGACCUCGGCUUCUGGGGCGUCAGCGCCUGGUGCGCCAUCGCCACGCUCCUCACCACCACCCUCGGCCUCGGCCGCCUGCGCCGCGUCCAGCGCGUCUCCAUGUGGGGCGAGCACGGCGCCCGCCGCUCGUCCUGGCGCGACCUCGGCCCCCAGGCCUUGCUGUCGUCGCCUGCCGCUCCUCAUCCGCCGUCUGGAUCGUCGUCCCCGAUGCCGCCUAACCCAGGCGCGAGGGUGCCGCCCGUCGGUGCUGCCGCGGCGGAGGCCGCGCUCGCGGUGGGCGAGAGGAGGGCGGAGAAGCUGCGGAAGCUGAAGGAUUUGCAUGCGCAGCAGGCGCAGGGCGUUAAUGCGGAGGUCGCGGCUAGGAGGCAGAUGCUUGGAGGCCAGUCGGCGGCGUCGUCGACUACGAGCAGCGGCAGCGGCCAGCAGAGUGGGCCGGCGCCUUCUGUUUGA